GAUCUGAAAUUUGUCGGUUUGGGCAGAGAAGCCAAGUCCGGUAGAGAUUCAACUAACACAAAUAAUUUUGACAAGUAUCAUCAACUCCAAUAGCAUUACAAUUAUAAUAUCUUAAGAGAUUUGAAAGUUCAAUGCGGAGGAGAAGAACACAGAAAAGUUGAAUCGAAAUCAAACUCGAAGAUGGACGUGGAGAAGGCGUCGCUGUGUAAUUGCGUAGUGAAUUUCCUGUUGGAGGAGAAUUACUUGUUAUCGGCUUUCGAGCUUCUUCACGAGCUUCUCGAUGACGGUCGCGAUGCUCACGCCAUUCGCCUCAAAGAGUUCUUCGAGAAUCCGUCUCAGUUUCCUCCCGAUCAGAUCUCUCGCUUCAAUUCUCUCCGAGUUGCAGACCCCCAAACUUUGCUAGAGGAAAAAGAAACACUGGUAGAGAAGCUAGCGAUCGCGGAGUAUGAACUUCGUUUAGCCCAAGAAGAUGCUACAAAAUUAAAGGGUGAACUGCAAAAGAAAACCGACAUCACACCAAGUGAACUAAGCGGGUCGCCUUCAGAGGCUUCUGCUAAUUAUGAGCCAAAUCCUGAACUACGGAAGAGUGACUCUUCCUUUUCUGAGUUGGGUCCUCUAAAGGAGCAUGAACGCAGAGAUCUUAAUUGUGCUGUUAAGGAGUAUUUGUUGUUAGCAGGAUAUCGACUCACUGCAAUGACAUUUUACGAAGAGGUUACAGACCAGAACCUAGAUGUAUGGUCGAAGUCAUCUGCAUGCGUUCCAGAUGCUUUGCGCCAUUACUAUUACCAGUACCUUUCGUCGACUGCAGAGGCUGCAGAGGAGAAAAUUGCCAUACUUAGAGAGCACGAAUCCUUGCAGAAAGAAAUUGAUAGACUGAAAUCUGAAAAGCAGGCUUCAAUAAAAUACAAAGAUUUGGCCGAUGGGCAAGUUAUGGCAUUAACCAAGUCACUGGAAACUCUGCAAAAUAGUAUUAAGGAAAAGGAAAUUCUGGUGAAAGAUUUAAAGCAGUCCUUAGAUCACCAAAGAAAAGAGCUUAACGACUACAGAGCUGAAACUACUUCACUCAAAAUGCACAUUGAAAGAACUCAAUCUGGACAGUUUUUGGUCCAAAGUAAUGUGGAGCAAGUUGAAUCACUGUCGUUAGAGAGCUACAAGGAACAGUUAGAAGCAUUGCAAAAGGAAAUAGAACAGCUAAAAGCUGCAACAUCCGUUCCUAAUUUUGUAAUACCUGUUAGUCAUAAAGAUGAGAGGACGGAGGCCAAUGACGAUGUUGUCAAAUUGCCUGAAAGAGAUGCCACAAAAUCUUCAGAUCAGGUUCUAGGCGGAUCCUUAGAACGUGAAGAUAAUCAAUCUGUUUCACUUGAUAUGAGUCCUGGAAUCUCUAUUGCGCCUAAAAAGGUUUCGGAAGAGCCGGCAAUCAGUUCUUUAUAUGAAAGUUCGCUCACUAAAGAAGUUAAAAAUACCCCCAAAUACAAUGCUGGAUCACCUCGUGAUGAAAAUGGGUUGCUCUUAAAAACAGAUAGUCUGGGUGAAGCUAAUAUUGAGAAGAUGGGUCUUCUAACCAUUCAAAUAUUGUCUGAUGCAUUACCUAAGAUAGUUCCUUAUGUUCUCAUCAACCAUCGUGAGGAGCUUCUUCCCCUUAUAAUGUGUGCAAUUGAGCGCCAUCCAGAUAGCAGUACACGGGAUUCCUUGACACAUACACUGUUUAACUUAAUUAAACGUCCUGAUGAGAAACAGAGACGAAUCAUUAUGGAUGGCUGUGUUACUCUUGCUAAGGACGUGGGAGAGAUGAGAACAGAAACAGAAUUGCUUCCCCAGUGUUGGGAACAAAUUAAUCAUAAGUACGAGGAACGCAGGCUGCUUGUUGCUCAAUCAUGCGGAGAGCUUGCAAGAUUUGUGCGGCCAGAGAUUCGUGAUUCACUCAUCUUGUCUAUUGUGCAGCAGCUGAUAGAGGAUUCUGCUACUGUUGUACGUGAAGCUGCUGCUCGCAAUCUCACCUUGUUGCUUCCACUCUUUCCAACCAUGGAUAAAUAUUACAAGGUGGAGGAGUUGAUGUUUCAGUUAGUUUGUGAUCCAUCUGGAGUGGUUGUAGAAACAACGAUCAGAGAAUUAGUGCCUGCUCUAUUGAGCUGGGCUAACAGAUUGGAUAACAUGUUACGAGUAUUAAUGUCUAACAUCUUGAGCUCCGCUCAGCGGUGUCCACCUGUAUCAGGGGUUGAAGGUUCUCUUGAAUCAUAUCUCCGUGUUUUGGGUGAACGGGAGCGUUGGACUGUUGAUGUUUUAUUGCGAUUGCUGGCAGAAUUGCUUCCAAAUUUGCACCAAAAAUCAAUUGAAACUUGCCCAUUUCCUUCUGCUUCAGAUGUUGCAGGAACACUGUUCUCUACUUCCUUGUUAGAAUUGUAUGCAGGGGGACACGUGGAAUGGCCUACUUUUGAGUUGCUACAUUGUGAUUGCUUUCCGACUUUGAUACAAUUAGCCUCAUUAUUACCUCAGAAAGAGGAUAAGUUACGAAGUCGAAUUACAAAGUUAUUGCUGACCGUGUCUAAGCUCUUUGGGGAUGAUUAUGUAACAAAUAUUAUGCUACCAGUAUUCCUGAUAGCAGUUGGUGAUAAAGCUGAUUUGACGUUCAUACCUAACAGAAUUCAAACAAGAAUCAAAGGUUUAAGACCUAAAAGUUCGGUAGCUGAGAGACUGGCUACCAUGUGUGUCCUACCUAUACUUCUGGCUGGUGUAUUAGGAAGUCCAAGUAAGCAUGAAAAUUUAACAGAGUAUUUGAGGAAUUUGUUAGUCCAAAAUGCCGUUCAGGAAAACCAGUCGGUGAGGAGGAAUGCAGAGAUUGUUAAUUCUGUCCGCUUCCUUUGCUCUUUUGAAGAACAUCAUAACAUGGUUUUUAAUAUCUUAUGGGAAAUGGUUGUAAGCUCCAACAUAUAUAUGAAAAUUAGUGCUGCUAAUCUUUGGAAAGCCAUAGUUCCAUAUAUUGAUGUAAAGGUUGCAUCAACUCAUGUUUUGCCUGCUCUUGUAACUCUUGGUUCUGACCAAAACUUAAAUGUCAAAUAUGCAAGCAUUGAAGCAUUUGGGGCUGUAGCACAGCAUUUCAAAAAUGACACGAUAAUUGAAAAAAUACGUGUUCAAAUGGAUGCUUUCCUUGAAGAUGGAUCACAUGAAACUGCAAUCGCCGUUGUGCGUGCAUUGGUGGUUGCUGUCCCGAAUUCAACAGACAGAUUUAGAGAUUAUCUGUUGUCCAAGAUUUGCGUACUUUCAGCUGCACCAAUUCCUUCAAGUGAUGUGGUACGUCGGCGUGACAGAGCCAAUGCAUUUUGUGAAUGUAUUCGUGCUGUAGAUGCUACAGAGCUUCCUGCCACAAGUGUUAGGGAUUAUUUGCUACCAACCAUACAAAAUCUGUUAAAGGACUCGGAUGCUCUUGAUCCAGCACACAAAGAGGCGCUUGAAAUUAUUGUAAGGGAAAGAUCUGGGGGAUCAUUAGACACAUUUAGCAAGGUGAUGGGUGCACAUCUUGGGAUCACCAGCUUAUUCGGUGAAGGGGGCUUAUUGGGGAAAAAGGAAAGUGGGGAUUUAUCGGCAAUGGCAGACCAGCUAACUGAGGCUUCAAAGCCAAUUCCAGCAGCUCCAGAUCCAGCACAAACAGCGGACGACACAAGAUUUAGAAGAAUAAUGAGGGGUGGUUUUACAGACAUUUUAAGGGGGAAAACAGAGCAAUAAGGAUGUUUUCCCCUGUGGUGGUUACUGGUUAGAGAGGAAUGCUUAGGCUUUUUUCUUAUUGCUAUAGCUUUUCCUUGCUAGAUUAUUUCAGAUCCAAACAAUUUUCAGAAAUAAAUGUCAAUGUUGUUUAGUUUAUAGAUAUAAAAACA